GGGGCGCUGCUGUUCCGGUACCGCCUCUCUCCGUGUGACUGUGACGCUGCUGCUGCUGCUGCUGCUGCUGCUGCUGUUGUGAUUGAGACAGAGGACAUGGUGCUGGCUGCUGGGCUACGUACAUCGCGCGGUGCCGCAUAGUCCUCGGGGUAACAGCGGGAUGUUUGAGACGCUGCGGGAGCGGCUGCUGACUGUGCAGCAGGAUCUCACCAGCGGGUUUAAGAGCUUGGGUGACAAGUCAAGAGAUGUAAAGAUAAAGAAGCAGCACAGGCCGACUGAGCAGUCAACAAAGUUUCCAGCAGGUGUGGAACUCCUUAACAGGUAUGAAGAGUCCUGGGCUUCCCUACAUAAAGGUGCCAGAGAUUGUGCCAAAGCUGGGGAGCAGGUGGACAGUGAGGUGGUGAUGCUGUCUGCCCACUGGGAGAAGAAGAAAAGUGGUCUUGUGGAACUGCAGGAACAGCUACAACACAUACCUGCAUUUCUUGCAGAUCUUGAGUCUGUGACUACUAAGCUUGUUAUGCUGGAAGGAAGUUUUGAAGAUGUAGAGAAACGCCUGUCAGAACUGGAGGAGUUAUGUGAACAGUGUGAGUUUCAGCGCUUCCAGUACAUGCAGUACAUGCAGCUAGAGAACUACAAGAAAAAGAAAAGGAAGGAGCUUGAGAACAUUAAAGCUGAGCUAGAUGGAGAACACACACAGAGAGUCCUGGACAUGGAGCAUGCCCAGCAGAUGAAGCUAAAGGAAAGGCAGAAGUUCUUUGAAGAGGCCUUCCAGCAGGAUAUGGAGCAGUACCUCUCUACUGGGUACCUGCAGAUAACAGAGAGACGAGUAUGUGCUUAUUUUACUACAGAACCAAUUGGCAGUAUGUCUUCCAUGGAAGUCAACGUGGACAUGUUGGAGCAAAUGGACCUGAUGGAUAUGUCUGAUCAGGAAGCACUAGAUGUCUUUUUAAAUUCUUCUGGAGAAGACAACACUGUGCUGUCUCCUAUGAUAGGUCCCGACUUCGAUGCAUGCCGAAAUGAGAUAACACUUCAGGUUCCCAGCCAAGCAGAGCUCAGACACAAACUUGCCUCACUGUCCUCCACGUGCACUGAUUCGGCUAGUCUGGAAAACAGUGAAGAUGGAGGAGAAUCACCUGUUGUUCAGUCAGAUGAUGAGGAUAUUCAUGUGGAGUCUGUACUUCCAGUUGCCAGCCAUGUUGCAAAGAAUAACUUCAGUGUUAGUGAUGAAAGCGAUUCUCAUACAGCAUGAGUCUUGUCAUUACCUGGCGAUCAUGUGGAACAAAAGAAAAAAAAAGACCUUUAAAGCCAAAUGCCUCCCUACACUGUUCUACCGCCACCUUUACCGAUUACACAAACUGUGUAUGUGAGUCAUUCAAUGAAGAAAGUGUGUGAACUAGUGUGUUUUCUAUCAGCAAUGUAGGAAAGAGGAGGGGGAAUUAUUAUUCUGCAGUUUUUCCUGUGUUCUUAGUUUGUUUGUUUUUAAGAAGCAGAAGUUUCUACGAGAUGAGAGGUCUUUAUCCCGCAUGCUGUCUAUUGGAGGUUUCAUUAGAAUUUUUGCAGGACUGAAUUGCUUUCUAAUGCCAUGAAAGUAUUCUACAACAGUGGGAAGUAUUGCUCAAAUACUAGCAGCAAUGAAAGAAAAGCAGUGUAUACAAAAUGUGGCUGCAGAGUAAUUAGGUCUCUAGCUAGUAUGCAUACGAUAAUCUGCUGCUGCGUGCCACCGCCUCAGAAGGGGAAUAUCAUCUGAGACCCCGGGCAAUGGAGACUUGUCAUACAUAUCCAGAUUAGGCUUGGAGCAAAAUUUCACUUCAUUAAAACAGUAUUUUUUGAUUUAUCCUGUGCCAAUUAUUGUGUAUCUGACUUCACAAAAAAUAAAAGAAUUUAAUAACA